CGUGUGUACGCGGCAUUAGGGUUGUCCUGCCUGUUUCCCGCUGUCUGUAACCUAUGCCGCUGAAUGGGUGAAGGAUUCGAUUUGGCUUCCAGGCACCUGUCUCUGUGUCUAAUCUAUGUGGAUACUGUUGGGAGGAAGCAAGGCUACCGCAAACCGGAAGUGACCGGAGGAGAAGUAAGGCGGCGCUGAGAAUGCCGUGCAUUGCUAUUUCACUCAUUUUUAUUCUAUGUUCUUAUGUAAGAGUCCACUUUUUACCAAGUUAAAAUAAAGAUACCCAGUAACAUACUACACUAUUGGAGGCUUUUCUCUCCUUUUGCUCCUUGUCUUGGUGCCCCUUGUUGGAGCGGUUUUCAUUAUAGGCCAGCUGACACCUAUGAGACCAGCGGGAGUGGUGGAGGCCAUCAGUCAUUACAGCCAUAGUUGGAGAACAAGCAGAUGAAUGAUGGGAAAAAUAUCAAUGCCUAAUUAUCCAUAAUAGAGGGUAUUGGCAGCAAAUUUCAAGAUCAAUGGAUUUCAUGGAUUCUAGCACGCUGAUCCUAGCUUUCUGUGUCACUUGUCUUAUAAUAUUCUUUAUGAGGAGUAGAAAUAAAAAUGAUUGGCACCUUCCCCCAGGGCCCACCCCUCUUCCUUUUUUGGGAAAUGUACUGCAGCUGAACAUGAAAGAUCUGACCAAGUCCUUCAAAAAGCUUGCGAAGAUCCAUGGAGAUGUGUUUACUGUCCACUUGGGGAGCAGGACAGCAGUGGUCCUACAUGGAUUUGAUGCUGUGAAGGAGGCUCUAGUGGACAAUUCAGAUGUUUUCGGUGACAGAGCAAAAGUUCCGGGAGCACAACUUGUGUUUAAAGACUAUGGGGUGAUGCUUAGUAAUGGGGAGCGCUGGAAACAGCUCCGUCGCUUUUCCAUCACUACAAUGAGGAACUUCGGGAUGGGGAAGAGAAGUGUUGAAGAGCGGAUCCAGGAAGAGUCUCGUUGUCUUAUAGAGGAGUUUAGAAGAAAAGCAGGUUCACCUUUCGACCCUACAUACCUGGUGACUUUGGCGGUGUCAAACGUGAUCUGUUCCAUUGUCUUUGGUCAACGUUUUGAUUAUGAGGACAAGAAAUUUCUCGGUCUUCUUGCAAUGUUGAAAGAUGCAUUCAGAAUUAGGAACUCAAUUGCUGGACAGCUGCUUAAUUCUUUUCCAAAAAUUAUGCUUCAUCUGCCGGGACCACAUCAUCAAGUGAUUCGGAAUUUCUUCACUCUGAAUGAGUUUGUGAUGGAAAACGUAAAAGAGCAUCUGAAGACACUGGACCAAAAUUGUCCUCGGGACUUCAUAGAUUGCUUCCUUAUAAAAAUGGAAGAGGAGAAGGAUAACCCUAACACUGAGUUCCACUUUCAAAACUUGUUUGUCACCGUGAUCAAUCUCUUCUUAGCUGGGACAGAAACAACAAGUACGACAAUAAGACUCAGCUUAAGGAUUUUGCUAAAGUACCCAGAUGUUUUAGAUAAAGUGCAGGAAGAAAUUGACCAUGUGAUUAGUCAGAACCGCUGUCCCUACGUAGAGGAUCGAAGCAAGAUGCCAUAUACAGAUGCCGUGAUCCAUGAAGUACAAAGGAUUACAGAUGUCUUGCCCAUGAGUGUACCACACGCAACUGCUGAGACUAUUGUGUUCCGAGGUUACACCAUCCCCAAGGGCACCACUAUUUUUCCACUUCUGACCUCUGUCCUGAAGGAUCCAAAACACUUUCAGAACCCUCACAAAUUCAACCCAAAUAAUUUUCUAGAUGAAAAAGGUGGAUUCCGGAAGAAUGAAGCAUUCAUGGCAUUUUCUACAGGGAAGAGGAUCUGCCUUGGAGAAGGAAUGGCAAGAAUGGAGCUCUUCCUAUUUAUUACUGCUGUCCUGCAAAAGUUUAAUCUGAAAUCUGAUGAGGAUCCUUCAGAUAUUGACAUCUCUCCUCUGCCCAAAAGCAACAGUACCAUUCAUCGGCCUUUUGAUAUUUGUUUGGUCCCCAGAUAAUUUUGUCCUCUGUCUGAUUGGCGAUGUCCAAGACUGAGAAGUUCAUUAUUCGUGAGACUUUUAUUCUACAAUAAUAUCGGUCAAACUUCUGCUAAACAUUCAGAGCCCGGACUGUAGUUGGCUAAGUGCACUGAGUGAAUAUUCUGUUUCCAGUUACACAUAGACGGUGGAAGGAAGGACCCUCUGUUCUUAAUACAUGGAAACCUAUCAGUCAAUCUAAUUUUUAUCAGCCUGGAAUUAUAAAUGUCACCAGCUUGAGAAUUAAACUAGAUCAUCCAAAACGUUUCUACAUUUUAUUUUUAAUAUAACACUAAGUUCAAAACUUUUAUUUAGUAAUUGAAUAAACUAGGGAAGGAUUA